CAGGUGUGGCCCUAAAAAGCAAAAAAUAAAUAAAUAAAUAAAUAAAAGGGAACCGGUCAACUCUGUGAGUACACAAAGGGAAAUCAAGAGGUGCCUUUGGGCAUCUGUGGCCCAGCCUCUUCUCACUUUAUGGAUGGAAUACAUAAAUUUCACCAUGGAUUCUGCCAGGCCCUAAACCAGAAACAGAGCAGAAAGUCUGCUUUUGCUUUCUGUUGCCCAGAGUUGGGAGUCAAGUGGCUGUUUGUCUGGGAGACCUCUUACCACCAUUGCCCUCCAAAGUAUUUUCACAGCCACGAUCUGGGUUUGUUUAUCUGUUUGUUGGUUUGCUUUGUCAGACAUUAAAAUGAGAUGGAUUGAGUUUCCUGGUGGCUUAGCAGUGAAGGAUUCAGCGCUGUCACGGCUGUGGCUCAGGUCCUAUCCCUGGCCAGGGAAUUUCUGUUGGCAAAGCCAAAAAUAAAGAAAUGAAAUGAAAUGAGGUGGGUGAUGUGCAUUUUACAGCUGGAGAAAAGGCCCUGAGUCGUUAAGGGCAAGCCUAGGGCUGCAAAGUGAGAGGUUUCAUCUUUGGGGCAUACUAUAAACGUCUCAUGGGUUGGGCUGGGGAUUUUUUUUACCAUCUCAGCAUUAUAUCCCUUUGAUUUUUUCCAUCAGUAUGACUGGAAGGUCAGGAAACUGUCAAUGAAGUGUUCCUUGGCAUUUGUUUUUUUUUUCUGUUGUGGGAUGUUAAUUGGCUUUGUAGCAGUUCCAAAAAGCUCGAGAGAAAAGUCACUUUCUUCUCGAUGCUAUUGGUUUAAUAACGACAGAGGCUCCCAUCUCUUGGGUGCUUCCUGAAUGCCAUGCACGGUGCCAAGGGCUUUAUAUGGAUCAUCUCACCGUGUGCUGCUUAUCGCCUGUUUCCCACUCUGCGGGUGGGGCGGGGAGAGGUUAAAUAAUUUGUGGAGGCCACACCGCUCCUGAGUGGCUACGGAUUUCAGGAACGAGUCCCUCCGCCUCCCAGCAGAGCCUUCCAGGUUUCAGUAAAGCACCUCUGGCUUAAACACAAUGUCUUCCCCAGGUCAGAAGGCAGGCGCGUGCAUCACCGUUCGAGGGGACUGGGAAGCCAGGCCAUGCCCAGCGGAUGGCGUCCAGGGCACCUUGACUUCAGGGGGCAGAGCUGCCUGCCAGCUGGCGGGACUGCUUCGACCCCUGUUGUCCCAGGUGCGGAGGGGAGCAGAAUCCGGGUCCACACCAAAGCAGUGCUUUGAGUUUGCCAUUUGGGGCUGUCCUCACACCGUUUACAGGGAGGCGGGAAGUAAGGGCUGUGCGCAGACCGCCUGUAUUUACAUCCUAUCCCCUGUGAGCUGCGUGACCUUCAGUAAGUUAUUUUCUCUCUCUGUAUCUUAGUUUCCCCUCCACUCAUUCGAAAAAUGGGGCUAUGCCAGGGCAAGAAUGAGUGAGCGGCGUGCUGCCUUUGAAGCUCUCAGCCCAGUAUUUGGCGUGUAGUUGAUGACUCGCUAAAUACCAUGCACAGUAUUUCUUAUUCACAGUAUGGUUUUAAGUCGUGAGCUGCUGCUCCCGUGGGCAGGGUCACAGGGCUUGACGUCACCAGUAGAGAUGUAUUCCUUUGUGCUGUCACUCACACGCUGGCCGCUCAUGCACAGGUGACGGUGGUCUUGGGCACGUGCAAUCUAUUUGUUCCUUCAGCAGCAGUUGAGAGUGCGCCCUCCGUGUGCCAGGCUCUGUUUCGGGUCCUGGAGAUGGGCAGUGAACCAAACACAGACACCCCUGCCCUCCUUGGCAUGGACUGCCUUGAGGGGAGGGAGGGAUAGACAGUAAACCUAAUAAACUCACUUAUCACAUCCAGUGUAUUCGCAAGGGAUCUGUGCUCUGGGGAGAAAUAAAGCAGGGCAUGCAAGGGGGGCGGGAGGGUUACAGUUUGACGCAGAGGUGGCCGAGAAAGCUUCGCUGACAAGGUGACAUUUCAGCAAAGCAUUGAAGUUAGGGAGUGGACCACGUGGAUGUCUGCAGGGAAAAGUAGGUCGGGCAGCGAGGACAGCAAGUACCAAGGCCCUGAGGCAGGAGGAUGGGUGUCUGGAGCCCAGGGAGGGACAGAGGAGAGGAGAGAAGAUCCAAGAGGCAAGAGGUGGGAGGCUGGAAGAUGUAGACCCCGCUGCCCCUGCACAGAAGGAUGCCCCGAUGUGGCCGGUGCUGUGAACAGAUGACUCUGCCUGCUGUGUUCAGGCAGAGAAACCGGAGGCCAGCGCGGUGGUUCCUGCAGCUGAGUGGACGGAGGUGAUGGUGGCUCCCAGCAGAGUGGAGUGGUGCAAGGAGGGGAGAAGUCGCUGUGUUCUCGGGAGAUGUUGGUGACAGUGUGGAGUUUGCUGACCGAUCGGAUGACCCGAAGGUUUCUGGCUUGAGCACUGGGUGGGGCGGCUUCGGCUGAGGAUGGGGAGAUCCGCCUUGGGAACAUGGGGGAGAUGGUCAGUGCAGUUUCGAACCCGGCGGGUCUCGUAGACACCCGGCUGUUGGUAUCAGGGUAGCAGGUGAUCACAGGAGACCAGAGUUUCGGGGGAGAAAGUGCAGGCCGGAAACCACGACUUGGUGUCUAGGCCCUUGUGUGCUGGUAAGUGUUUAACAGCCUCUGAAAGAGGUGGCGGUUGGUGGUGGGGUGUCAGAUCGACAGAUUUGCCAGCACCUGCCACGUAAGUUCCCCCCGCGGGCCAGCUCCAGGCACACGGUUACAGAAGGUCUUCACCUUACAGAUACAAUAGCCAUAAAUAACAUCAAGAGCACAGAUAAUAGUAAACUGUGGUAAAAUCAUUCGGAAAUGUUGAGUUUUGAAUGUUUCAUACCUUUGUUUUUAAUGUAACUUAUUUGGUUAUGCAUUUGUGUCAUUUGUUUUUGUAAUAACGUGUGCGUUUAACACCUGGCUUGGCAAAUGCCUGACAAUGUCGCAAGCGAAUCUUGGGUGCAGGUAUCUUGUGGGCAGGUGGCUCCGGCACACCAUUUGAGUCUCGGGGACCCGAGAUUGCUGCCCAGCGAGGUGAUGGGACUAGGAAUCCUCUGAGUUUAGGGAGGAAACAGGCCUCAGAGGCGAUCUUUCGGGUUCUGUCCCCUGUGUAAGCCUGAGGGGGCCGAAUGCAGGUCACAGGGCACACUGAAGCCUUCGACUUGCAUCUGCGUGGGGGUGUUUGUGCAGAGGCCCCAGAGCACAAAGGGGAGAGCUGGAAGCCUACUGGGGUGGCCAUUCCCGGCAGGGAUCCCCUCGUACUUUAGCUAAAAACCAUCUUCAGCUGGAACUCUUGUUUUCACCCCCCACGCCUUUUAAAAAUUCCUAACUCGUGAGCCACGAUUUGAAGAAAAUUCCCCUUCUGCCUGCCAGGCAAACAGAGGGCAGAGGGCAGAGGCCGCAUUGGGAGAGGAAGCAGAGCUACAGCGGCCGCACUGGCGUCUACCUGCCAGCCCCUCCUACCGCCCCUGGUCUGCUGGGACCAGAGGGCAGGGCUGCCCCCUCCUGUGGUUUCCCAGAAAGGGCUCUGCUGCAGGAGCUCCCGCCCAGGCUGGGUCUGCGCAGGGACAGGUCCUGGACGGCAUAGCUGCGUGGGUGUGCCCACAUCUGCCUCUUUCACUGGAACCCCGCCCCUGAUCCGUGCACUCUGGCCGGCCAAGGCAGUGCUUACAGCCGUGGGGAUGUUGGCAGAGCCAUACGUUAAAAGCCACCUGAGCCGAGUCUGAUCCUUCCUCGUUCCUUGUCUGUCUUUCCCACGCACCCCAGGCACCCAGGCGUCCGGGAGAUGCUUGCGGCGACAGUGUAUGUGGCCCUGCUGGGCUGCCUGCAGGCCCAGCAGCUCCAGGGACAUGUCUCCAUAAUCCUGCUGGGAGCAACCGGGGACCUGGCCAAAAAAUACUUAUGGCAGGGGCUGUUCCAGCUGUACCUGGAUGAGGCAGGGAAGGGCCACAGUUUUCGCUUCCAUGGGACAGCUCUGACAAGCACCGAGCAGGGCCAGGAGGUCAUAGCCAAGGUCCUGGAGUCCCUCUCCUGCCCCAGCAACACGGCCCCCAGUCGCUGUGCUGAACUCAAGGCUCAGUUCCAGCAGCUGAGCGAGUACCGCCGCCUGAAGACGCCUGAGGACUAUCUGGCCCUGAGCAAGGACAUCGAGGCUCAGGUCCAGCAUGAAGGCCUCCGGGAGGCUGGCAGGAUUUUCUACCUCUCAGUGCCACCCUUCGCCUAUGCGGACAUUGCCCGCAAUAUCAACAGCAGCUGCCGUCCAGGCCCCGGCGCCUGGCUGCGGGUCGUCCUUGAGAAACCCUUUGGCCACGACCACCACUCGGCCCAGCAGCUGGCCGCAGAACUUGGGAGCUUCUUCCAAGAGGAGGAGAUGUACCGGGUGGACCAUUACCUGGGCAAGCAGGUGGUGGCCCAGAUCCUGCCUUUCCGAGACCAGAACCGCAAGGCCCUGGACGGCCUCUGGAACCGGCACCACGUGGAGCGUGUGGAGAUCAUUAUGAAGGAGACGGUGGACACGGCAGGUCGCACCAGCUUCUACGAGGAAUACGGCGUCAUCCGCGACGUGAUCCAGAACCACCUGACCGAGAUCCUCACGCUGGUGGCCAUGGAGCUGCCCGGCAACGUCAGCAGCCCGGAGGCCGUGCUGCAGCACAAGCUCCAGGCCUUCCGGGCCCUGCGGGGCCUGCAGAAGAGCAGCGCCGUCGUGGGCCAGUACCAGGCUUACAGCCGGCAGGUGCGCAGAGAGCUGCAGAAGCCAGACAGCUUCCACAGCCUGACGCCAACCUUCGCAGGCAUCCUCGUGCAUGUCGACAACCUUCGCUGGGAGGGCGUCCCUUUCAUCCUGAUGUCCGGCAAAGCCUUGGAUGAGAGAGUGAGCUACGCGCGCGUCCUGUUCAAGAACCAGGCGUACUGCGCCCAGAGCGAGAGGCGCUGGGAGGCUGAGCAGAGCCAGUGCCUGCCGCGGCAGGUCAUCUUCUACAUUGGACACGGCGAGCUGGGCAGCCCUGCCGUGCUGGUCAGCCGGAACCUGUUCAGGCCCUCCCUGCCCUCCGCCAGCUGGUGGGAGGUGACCGAUCGGCCCGGGCUGCACCUCUUUGGCCGCCCCCUGUCUGAUUUCUAUGCCUACAGCCCUGUCAGGGAGCAGGACGCCUACUCUAUCCUCAUAUCUCAUAUCUUCCACCACCGGAAGGACUCCUUCGUCACCACGGAGAACCUGCUGGCCUCCUGGGUCUUCUGGACCCCCUUGCUGGAAAGCCUGGCCCGUGAGGUCCCACGCCUCUACCCAGGGGGAGCGGAGAAUGGCCCCGUGUUGGACUUUGAGUUCAGCAGCAACCGCCUGUCCUUCUCGCAGCCGCCGCCGGAGCAGGUGGUGCCAGGGCCAGGCUCUGUCCCGACGCCCAGCCACUUCCAGGUUCUCACGGCGAAGUACCGCCACAGCCCGCUGAUCUCGGCCUGGCCCGAGGAGCUGAUUGCCAGGCUGGCCGGCGACAUCGAGGCCGCGGCCGUGCGGGCCGUGCAGCGCUUCGGCAAGUUCCACCUGGCGCUCUCAGGCGGCUCCAGCCCCGUGGCCCUGUUCCAGCAGCUGGCCACGGGCCACUACGGCUUCCCCUGGGCCCACACGCACCUGUGGCUGGUGGACGAGCGCUGCGUCCCUCUCUGGGACCCCGAGUCGAACUUCCAGGGCCUGCAGGCCCACCUGCUGCAGCACGUGCGUGUCCCCCACUACAACGUGCACCCCAUGCCCGUGCAGCGGCACCAGCGGCUCUGCGCCGAGGAGGACCAGGGCGCCCAGGCCUACGCCGAGGAGAUCUCCGCCCUGGUGACCAAUAGCAGCUUCGACCUGGUGCUGCUGGGCAUGGGCACGGAUGGGCACACGGCCUCCCUCUUCCCGCAGUCGCCCACGGGCCUGGACGGCGAGCAGCUGGUGGUACGGACCGAGAGCCCAUCCAGGCCGUUCCAGCGCAUGAGCCUCAGCCUGCCCCUCAUCAACCGUGCCAGGAAGGUGGCGGUCCUGGUCAUGGGCAGGAUGAAGCGCGACAUCGCCAUGCUGGUGAGCCGCGUGGGCCACGAGCCCAAGAAGUGGCCCAUCUCGGGCGUCCUGCCCACGUCUGGCCAGCUGGUAUGGUACAUGGACUACGAGGCCUUCCUGGGGUGAUGGCCUUUGCCCUUCACCCCCACCCAGGCUUCCCUUCGCCUGCCCUCUCUCCGCCCUCUUAGUCCUGCCCCCCGCCCCGAUCCCCCCCUCCCACUGCGUGCUCUGGCCCCUCUGCAAUCAGAGGCCUCACUCAGGGUCAGGCCGCAGAGAGGGAGGUCGCGGUCCCUCCCAGCCCCGGUGACUGUCCCUGUCCGCCGGUGAUGGGUGCACACCAAAACAAGGAAGAAAUGGUAUCUCUGCCCUCGAGAAGCUUGAAGUUCAAGUCAAGAGAGGAAUACCCACCUUGAGAGAAGACCUGCAGCAGCCACACGUGAAUAUCAACCAGCACAAAGGGAGAGACGGUUUGGAAGCUCCGCCCAUGAGCAGGGGUGCGGAGGCUGGGUUAGUCAAGGGAGGCUUCCCGUGUGCCGGGACCUUGGACCAGCUCAGCACCAAGGGGGGCGGCUGCAGCCUCCCCUCCUCCUGCUAUCUCAUGGUGGCCUCCAGCUCCUGCCCGCCGGUCCCUCCAGCCGGCCCUCGCCUCACCACCAGCACAUGCUGAAGACCUGGGGAAACCAACACAGCUUCUCUUUAAAGAACAGGUCGGGUGCUCUGCUUCUAAGGAGCUAUGGGCCAAUAAUACCUGUUUUUCUGAAACAUGUUUUUUUUUUUUUUCCUGAGAUGCCCCAAGGCAGGUGUCUCUGAAAUUCUUUUUAAAGAUUUCAAAAUUCUCAGGAUGCAUUUACUUUUUUUUUUUUUUGGCUACGCCCAUGGGCAGGCAGAAGUUCCCAGGCCAGGGAUCAAACCCGAGUGACAGCAGUGACCACGCCAAAUCUUUUACUGCUACUAGCCACCAGGGAUCUCCGGGAUGCCCAUUUCAUUUUUAUUCAGUGUCCCACAGAGCCAGGCCCCCAAGACAUGGCGAUAAAGGGUAAGACAGGUUUUUCUGUAUAACCUCUUCCCUGUCUUACAGUUAAGGGUUUGUAUCAGGCAGAUGCAUCUGAUCUGGCAGACACAAAGUGCCAAGGUCACACCAAGGGCUUUCCUGGGGGAGGAGAAGCAUCACAAAAUCUGCUUCUCUACUUUUGAUUGUUUUACACUUUUCUCAAGCCUGUUUAUUCUGCUUUAAGAAUUUAUCGGAAUUCUUGUCAUGGCUCAGUGGUUAAUGAAUCCGACUAGGAAACAUGAGGUUGCGGGUUUGAUCCCUGGCCUCUCUCAGUGGGUUAAGGAUCCGGCGUUGCCGUGAGCUGUGGUGUAGGUUGCAGACACGGCUCAGAUCCUGCGUUGCUGUGGCUCUGGCGUAGGCCAGUGGCUACAGCUCCGAUUGGACCCCUAGCCUGGGAACCUCCAUAUGCCGCGGGUGCGGCCCUAGAAAAGGCAAAAAGACAAAAAAAAAAAAAAAAAAAAAAAAAAAAGAAUUUAUAAGAAUUCUUGCUUUCCUCUGAGAUGAGCGUAUGUGAGAUGGGCACCUAGCUGGACAGGCUCUGCAUAUGAUGGCACUGCUUGAAAUUUGGCUUCCCCUGGCCUCCAGCGCCCCAGGCCAGACAGGGCACCUCUCUCUAUGCCAAGAGCUCACCUUGGCAGAACAGAACAAAGUGCCCGGGUCAACACAUCUCCUCACUUUCCAAGAGUAGGCAUCUUAGCUUUGAUGCGCUUGGUGGGCCCAGGUGCAGGAGCGGACCCCUGGUUGCAGGCCAGGUGCCACCUCUGGCCACGUGGGGGCGCCCUUGCCCCACCCCUUCGGUCUGGGCUCUGGGCCUCGGUGGCAGUGCCCCCCUUGGCAGGUUCCGCCCUGUUCUUUGCGUUUCCAUCAUCUGCCUCCCUGGGCCCUUGGUGCUGGGCACCCCUCCCCCUACCAGUUCCUCAGGAACUUCUUCCUCUGCGGUUGCGCCACCAAAGAGAUAGUGUCACUGCGGGACAAGGAGCAAGCAGACGCCUGAUGUCACUGUUUCUGAAUAAUAGUGAGUCACGGUGAGCCUGAGCCUGGCAUGUCCUAUUCUCAGAAGAGCUCCUUGCCUCAAAACGGCGCCUGCAUCGGUGGAGAGCCCGUGGGGGGGGACGGGGUGGGGACAGAAAGGGCCAAGGUCUCCUUUACGGAAUCAAGCGCUGUCUUAAAGCCACACCAGAAAAGCCCACUGGGAGACCCUGUCUGAAAUCCUGCUUCUGGCCGCUCGGCCCCGCUGUCCCUGCCUCACCCUCUGCCAGGAAGGAGAGUUCUCUGAACUGGGCCACCUCUGCCGGUGGUUUUCAAGCUUUUUGGACCAUGAUCCACAGCAAGAAACACACUUUGCAUCAUGGGCCAGGGGCACAGAAAUCUGCAUCUCGAGCCGAAGUUUCACAAAGGACUUCUCACCCUGAGACUUCCAGAUACCUUCUCUUUUCUAUGUUUCAUUUUUUUUUUUUAAAUGCUGCCUGUCAUUUGCUAAAUCAAGAUGACACGUGGUUGGAAAAGUGCUGCUCUAACCCGACUUUACCCUGUGGUAUCAGCCGAGCCCCCCGCCCCGAGGUUUGGAAGGGGGCACGGGCACCCAGCUCUCACCUGACGGCACUGGGACUGGUAGCCAGGCUUCCCAUUCCUGGCUCCGUCUGCGGGGGCCGGGAGCAGGGGGUGAAGACACGCCAACCAGGAGCCUGGGGCUUGUGGGAGCCACGACGCUGUGUCCCUUACAGAGGGGCCAUGGGUACCAGGCUCAGUCCUGAGCGUUUUGCCCUCGUGGUCUUGUUUCAUCUUUUCAGCCCUCCUUUGAGGAGGUGGAUGGAUCCUCAUUUACUGAUCAUUUUGAAACUGAAACUGGUCUUGUCUAAAUGGCAGCAGGCCAGCAGUUCUGAGCCAGACGUGCAGCCCAAGGCUUCGGGGUUCUGGGUGGGUGUUCCUAGCCAUCCUGCACGGCCACCUACCUCCCAGCCGCGGUGCCCAGAGCCCAGCCUCCCUGAGGGGACCCCAGGUCAGAGGCCCGCCUGCGCCCUGUGGCCCAAGAAAGGCAGCAGGGAGGCCUCGUCACAUCCCAUCUCUGGAGCAGGCAUUAGUUCCGUUGGCUGCUGGGCCCGAUCUCAGGGGCUUCCCAGGUUGCUGUAAGCUAGAUUCCGACUUUGCUCCAGAAGCAAGCUUUGCUGCUCAGCGCUGUUAGCAUCCGUAGUCUUGCUGACCUGCCCUGCCUCUCAUUUCUCUGUGGACGGAGUGUGAGUCCUGCUCCUGGGCCUUCAGUUUAGCUCCACAGCCCAUGCCCUCUGCCAGGGGGCGACGGUCAGACUCUUCCCUCCAGGGCUGUCUUUCCAGAACGCACAGGCUUGGUCUGCCUGAUUUGAGAGCUUUCCCCUUCCCGAUUGUCCAGAAGCUGGGGAUAGCAUGAUAGAGGAAGCAAGGAGAGGCUUGCACAGAAGCUUGAGGGACCGUUUUCUACAAGGAAGUUUUCGGAAAAAGACUUUUUUUUUUUUUUUUUUUGGUCUUUUGUGUUUUGGGGGCUGCACCUGAGGCAUAUGGAGGUUCCCAGGCCAGAGGUCAAAUGAGACCUACAGCUGCCAGCCUACGCCACAGCCACGGCAAUGUGGGAUCCCAGUUGUGUCUGCAACCUACAAAACAGCUCAUGGCAAUGCCAGAUCCUUAACCCACUGAGUGAGGCCAGGAAUUGAACCCAUGUCCUCAUGGAUACUUGUUGGGUUCGUUAAAUACUGAGCCAUGACGGAAACUCCAACAGAAUCUUUUUUUUCCAACAAAAAUAUACAACCUCACAGAAGUAGCCUCUGUACCAGCUUUACCCAGCUCUGGUUUUAUCUUAAGCAGAUGGGGCCCGGCGGACCUCAAUCCGUUGUUAGAGAUGCUACCCGGCAGCGUGUCUGCGUCAGGGAGUGGACAAGUCACAGGAAAGGCCAGUGGUGACACGAGGGUGAAGUGGCUGUGGUGUCAGGCCCCCUCCCCUGCAAAAGAUAAACUCUAGAGGUGCCAAGGGGGCCACUCAUGUGGCACAGCGGGAGCCGUCCAUCCACCUGAGAGCUGAAAAAUGUCCCACGGCAUCCCUUCCCCUCAGCCUCCCACCGCCCUCUGCUCUGGGCAUCGCAGACCUGGAGGCUGCAGCUGUGCAGGUGGCACUUGAGGUGCUGCUCUAUCAGGGAGGCCUCCCUGAGGGAGAGGGCAGUGCCUCCACCCUCACCCGCCCUUGACGGCACCUGGGCGGUCAGCACAGCCUUCGCGGAGGCCCCGGGCCUUCUGGCGGCCGUGGAGGUGGACUUGCCCCUCUAAUAACCCCGCCCUCCCUCCCCUCCUCCCAAGGACCAGCUGGUCCAUCUUCCGUCGCCCACUUGGAGCUUUGAGUUGGGCACAGCAUGUAUCCAUUGCAGUCCUCUGCCGUGUGCCAUGUGCCGUGGAGCCCCCACGCGAGGUGCAGAUCCCGCUUCCUGCCCAUUCUGCUCUGGAGCCGGAUGCUGCCUUCAUUUAGACCAGCCCUCCCUCCACCCAGAGUCUCCGCCGAGGGAGCCAGUGGGAGCCCAGGCUCCUGUGUUCCGGGAAGACGUGAGGCCAGAGAUGUCUUCCAGAACAUUCCAGGACCUUCUUGGGGGCACAUUCCGUCUCCCGAGUUGGCAGCUAGAGGAGGGGCCAAGGGAGAAAGCCAACUUUCAUGGCGCAUCUGUCUGCACAGCAGGUCCCUGGGCUGUGUGUGUGUGUGUGUGUGUUUGUGUGUGUCUGUAUGCGCGUGACCCAGAGAUGGGAAAGGGCGGAUCUGGAUUUCUUAGGCUUCCUCUGUUCUUUUUUUUUCUAAUGGGCCACACCUGCGGCACAAGGAUGUUCCUGGGCCAGGGGUUGAAUCAGAGCUGCAGCUGCCAGCCGACACCACAGCUAUAGACACCAGAUCCUUAACCCCCUGAGCCAGGCCAGAGAUCGAACCCGCAUCCUCACAGAGACAUCGGGUCCUUAACUCACUGAGCCACAACGGGAACUCUGCUUCUUUUAUUCUUGAUUCCCAGGAUACCUUUUGUUUAAAACCCUUGCCUGCUCCAGGUGUCGUAAAGGAAGUCCCUGCGUCCUUUCUGUCCCUCUGGUGUGGGAGAGGGUUUUUUUUUCACUCACCCCAAGCUGCAUGUUUGAAAAGCUAGUAGUUAGCUUUGGCAGCGGACGUGUGAACAGAACUGGCUAUAUUGGUCGGUUUGGGUCCUUAGCGGUACCCCGUGGUCUAGAAGGUGGGUUAUAAGAGCACGGGUCCUUAGGCAUAAGAGAAAAGGACCCUGGAGCCGCUAGGAAUAAAGCUGCUCCACUUCUGCAUCCACUUCUCCGAGAUGUGACCUGAAUAGCCCAGCCGUCCCGGUCCUUGGAAGAGUGGGGUGAAUGCAGACCCCAGCAGGGCCUCUGUCGGGUGCACGAGCUGUUGCUGCCCACACCUGAGUGCCAGGCAUGGUUCCAGCCAGGAGGCCAAGCUGGACAGUGCUUCGCGGCUCUUGCCAGCAGGAGACCUGGGUGGGGUGUGGGCACUGAGAGCAGGACGUGUGGCCACCUGGGUCGUGUCCGUGUCUUCUGUCCCGUGCUGGGAAACCCAGUGCUGAUUUCUGUCAGGACGGGAAAGGGAGAAGAAAACUCUUUGCAGAGGGACCAUCUGUCCCCUCGUGUGACAGGGACAUAGUGGGCCCGAACCGCCUCCCCUCACCUCCACAGCCAACCACAAAAACGUGCCACGCCUUUCGGCAGAGAGAGAAACUGCCCCUGGUUUUUAUAGAAAUCCCAGGCUCUUUUCACGAUGCCUCUGACAAUAAGACACAUUCAGAACAGAGUUUUUAAAAUGGCUUUUCAUAUGGCAGAUGUAACAUUUAUUUUUUAAACAGUAAAAUUGUUUUGCCAAAA